AUGCGUGGGCGAGAGGAGCCGGACUCCGAGAGGGAUGCCCCAACUUACGAAUGCGUGCCGCCACCCUGGCUGCCGCAAGUCCAUCGGACAGCGGAUUUGGGCUACACGGGAUUCUACCCUCCCAAACCUGGCCAGGAUGAAGACUUGCUGACCGAAACCAACAUCAAGAAGGGCUUUCAGCUUGGCCAUGCUGUCGCGGGGGAGACACUGAGCGCACAGCCUGUCAUCACGGGCGAGCUGUACAAAAAGGAAGAGGAGUCGAAUGCGCUACCUCUCCUUGAGCAGCUCAUGAACGAGGUCUUCUCGCGUCGAGCCGAACAGAACGCUGCUAUUCCAUCGUCGACGUUUCGCAUGCCCUCUAGGGUGACUCUGAACGAGACGAAGCGGCAAUCCUGGCUCGCGGACUUGGCGAACCCCGACGUGCCCCUCGCAAAGCUGGGCAAGAGCAUCCCUCACGGUCCGAAAGGGCACGACUUGUUCGAGCUUCUAUACACCAACAAGGUGGCAAUCCCUCGCGCCAUCUGGUUUCUGCGCGCAUUGGGAGCGAACGAGACAGCCGGCCUGCGCAACAAGGCGAACUACGACCCGACAAAGUACAGUUUGGACUGGGCGAAUACGGUCACUGGCUAUCUCAAGAAGCAGCUCUCGGAAAUCGUGCUCCCGAGCGCGCCGCGGCCUGGUUUGGGAAAUAUCAAGCAGACGUUUAAGGGUGUGCUGCUGGAUGAUGAGAAUAGGGAAAAAUGGGUGUCGCGCUUCAGCUAUUGCCUGCAGCUUCUGCGCACUUUCUACGUCGAUGGCCUCGUCGACCACCGAUUAUUCCUCGCUUGGCUUAUAGAGCAGCUUGCGACGUGCAAUCUCGCGCAGGCCGGCUUUGUUGUCCGCCUCGCCUUCGAGUACCUUGAGGAUACUUUGCAUUGCCGGGCCUUUAGUCGACCUCUCGCGGAUGCAUGCUUGACGAAGCUGUCGGAGAUUUCCACGGCGUCAGCUAGCGACCAUCUGUUUGGCACAGAGCGCCUACUCAAAGUCAUAGUGCAGCGCAUCUUGAUCGCCAUCCCCGAGGCAUUCGUCAGCCCCCGAAUGUGGACGACGCACUCGUCUCUGAUAGAGCGGAUGGCCGCCGAAGAGCUGUUGUCUCCUUCUACGGAUCAGCGCGUCGAGCAGAGGGCAAGAGAGGUGAUGCAACGUCUCGCAGAUAGCUUCGCGGACAUCAAGCGCAGGAAUGAAGCGCUCCUCUUCUUGCAUAUGCCUUCCCGCGUUGGAGGCCUAGCUAGGACUGUCAAGGAUGUUCAGCUCCUCAAUUCCAUCUCCAGUCAGACCGACAUCGGUGAGCUGCCCUUCUUCCUCGACUGCGGCGACUCCGCCCCGCGCUUCGCCGCCAAGCUCGACAUGCUGCUCUCCUGGAGCGUCACGCCCCUCCAAUUUGGCGAUCACCGCAUCUUCGCGGCCGUCAGCCUCAUCGCGAACUGGAAGGAUCAGGCGCUUGAGCGCGCUGUCCGGAGAGCAGGGUCAGCCAAUGCGGCGCGCCGGGACACGCCAUCUCCAAGCGAGUUUCUGCAGGACCAAUUGUUCGACUGGCUGGAUGGGUCGGACAUCGCGGCAGCGGAGGAGAAUAUCAGGGACGUGGCGUCGUUGUACGGGGAGCUUGUGCGCAGGGGGCUGUUUUCGUACGACCUCUAUGUCCAGAGGCUCAUCGCGAGAGUGGAGCAGGGGUUGACCGUUGCGGAAGAACAUCGCUCAAGGCAUCGAAACUUUCUGCAGUGGAUACCGCUGAACGACAUGCAGACCACGCCGUCGCUGACAAGUCAGCGCCGAGUGACUUUGUAUGGCGUCCGGGCCCGGAAGACGCCAGAGGAUCAGAACGAGCGGGAGAUCCGCGCCACGAUACGCAAUGUCCUGCCAGAGGUCUUCGAUCGCGAGCCUAGGGUCUUCUUGUCCGUCAACGAGUUGGCGUCGGAGUGCCGGCUGUUCUUGUCCGCCUCGCGGUAUGAGCAGACACGGGUUGCGCGAACAUGGCUUUUCCCCCUCUUGCAAACGUACAUCAGCAAGGGUGACGCUUCGUCGUCGGAGACGAUGCUUCGUGUAUUCUGCACCGCUACGGAGUUAUACCGACUAGCCAAGUGUUAUCAGUGCAUCCUCGAUAUAACUCUGUGCGCGUUGGAGCAUGCAGCGACGUUCGACACACUUAUGGCGGUGAUGAACACAUUGAGGCGACAUGGCACUAUCUGGGCAUGUAUGAACGCCCGGGGACGCAUCAUCGAAGCCCUUUACCAUGCUCAUCAACUCUGGAAAGCACGAGGGAUCCAGGUCCGCAAGAUGCUCGAUUUCUUGACCGAGUUGGACCAAGGGAAGUACCUGGAUCUGGAGGCCCAAGGCCAUGUUCAGGCUGACAUGAUCUCACUGACCUCCGCCCUUCAACCGACGACCAUACAGCCCUCGUUCGCUGUACCCGACGUCAUGCCGGAGAUCCUCGUCCUUGCAACAAAUCCUGCAUCUGACCCCUCAAUGCUCGCCAACCACCUCUGGAUUUCCUACCGCGCCGCGCACGACUGGGGCUGGAAAGUUUGGGACAACACCUUCGCCAGCCUACGCCAAGUACCCGUCAUAUCCCCCGACGACGCCGAUCGCCAAUCUCUCGCCCUCCGCUAUGGCACUUUCCUCCUUCACAUCGACCAACACCUCCCGCAUGGCCUCGACCGCGACAUCCUCCAGUGGUUCGAAAGCCCUGGCCCGAACGAGCUGCUUGUAUUGACUCCGGAUAUGUGGACCGUCCUCGCGACCGUGCUCGUCUUCCUAGUCGUACACGGCGCGCUACGAACUACGACGGUUUUACAAGGCCUCAUAUGUUCGGUAUGGCGAAGGGGGUCGCAGGUAGCGACGGAUGCGCAAGCAGAGCAGCUCGCACCGUGGAUGCGAGCCGCGAAUGAUAUCUGUCGGGAGUUGAUGAUCAAGCAGGAGGCGAGGGGGGAUGGAAUGCCGCCAGCGGACCUCAUCCAGAUCCAGGCUAUCCGCACAGCGCGCCGCGAAGCGUUCCGGGCAGUGGGUUUCCCUAUGCUGGCGAGCAGUAUACCGCUGCUGGUGCUCCUCAAGCACAACGAGUUUCUGGAGCAAGGCAUCCGCGACGAUGCAUCGGAGAUUAGGGCAUGUUUGUGUGCGGACGCGGAUUUCAGGCGAGCGGUGUUUAGGGAUCUGGAUGUCGUGCGAGAAGCAUUUGAGCAUGCUUUGAAGACGUCGGAGACCUCGAGCGCACGGGAAGUCAUCUCGGCGGACCUCAUUCAAUCUCUGAACAUCAUGCUCUGCGAUACUCCCUCAGACCACGACUUCUCCGACAUGCAAAACCUCACUUCAAUGCUGAGCCCGUGGACCAUAGCUGCAACGGCAAUCCACCUCAAGUUCCUUCUCCGGCGCAUGGGGCACGCGCUCUCCCAAGAUCCUCAGGAUCAUGCCGCAAACAAAGUCCUCCGCCAUGUCACCGCUCAGCUCUUCGACGAAUCCGUGUCAGAGGAAAAGGCGCAGUUCAUUGCACAGGUUGUCAGCGGCGCCGAUGCCCUGACGGCCGGGAAGUUCGUCAAUAGCGGGCUGCAGUGCAUACUGAAGUCGUUGGAAGGCGUGCAGGAUGUACCUGGGCUGUUUCCUGCCUUGAAGCGGAGCGGGGAGCUUCUGCGAGCGCUGGUGGACGUGGCAACGCCAUUCCGGUUCGGGCCCGCGUGUAUUCAGCUGGAUGAAUCGCUGCAAGAUAAAUUCCUGACCGUGAUUGCGACUAUCCUCGGCAUUGUCUUGCAGACGCUUGGCGGAUCCCAGGUGCAGUGGGAGGACGAAGAGACGAAGAAUGCGGUCAUCCUGCUGGCGCGUCUGGUGCAAUUCGUACUAGGUUUUGAGACUCCGCCGUCACCGAAGUCGAAGGAAGUCUCGGCGCAAGUGAUGUCCUCCUUGCUCUCGCUGGCACUGUCCUACGGAUCCGGCCUCCACCCCGACUUCGUCCUCUUCCCCCUACUCAUCGACACCCUCUUCUUCCUCGUCGACGGACCUUCCCCGCCCCCCAAAGCCACCACCCCCUUUGACCCCUACGCCCGCUACCCCGACCCGGUAUCCAUCACUCCACCCCCCGACCUCCCGCCCGAGCACUCCCGCGCGCUCCGCAUUCUCACUCCGCACCUUCCCCCGCCCGCGAUCGUUGCCCACCUCGCCUCCGCGCAGCGCGACCCCACGACCGACGAGCUCCUCCCCACCGCGCCCGUCCCAAACCGCCCAUGGGAGUGGAUCGAGCACCUGGGCGAGCUGCCCGGGGAAACCGACCCCUACCUCCAAGAGCGCGCGCGCCAGCAGCCGCUGCCCGCGCCGCGCGAGGGGAUGCCGAGCGUGCGCAAUGCGGGCUCCCUGCCCCUCGAGCUCUUCGCUGCACGCGGAACGGGAGAGGGAGUGAUGGCGAACGUGCCGGGCGUGGACGCGCGGACGCGGGGGACGCUGGUCGGGUUUCAGGACGGGGUGGCAGGGGAGGGCCUGUUCGCGCGCGCGUGGCGGACGCUGGGGGAGGAGGAUGCGGGAUCGAGUGUAGGGGGGAGUACGGGCGGCGGAAGCGCGAGGGGAAGUGUCAGUGGGCCGGCGGAUGGAGAGGACGGAAGGGGCGUAUCGCCGGCGUCGGCGGUGUCGAGGUCAUCGGCGAGGCAUGACAGUCCGGGGAUGAGGCGGAACAGCCCGAGUCUGCGCCGGACGAACUCGACGUUGAGUGAGGAGGGGGAGCCCUUGUCGGCUAAGCGGGGCGCAUUGAAGCGGAAAGCGAGCACAGUGAGCGAGGAGGCGGAGGUGGGCAGUGGGGGAAGGAAGGGAUCGACGAGCACGGCAAAGGGAAGGACGACAAAAGCGAAGGCGGCGAAGAAGAGGUGA